GAGGAGGUGGAAGAAGGAGCGGUUAGAUGGGAGGUUAGGAAGGUUGUAACUUUGAAACAGAAACUAAGGAAAUUUGGAAAUUUUUCAAGUUCACUAUUAAUAGGAUCUGUUGUAGUUUAAGGCAUAGACUUGUGCUUCAUCAAAAGUAAUGUUUUAGCAACAGAUUUACACGCCUGAGCUGCUUUCUCUACAUCAAACCUCCAUAACUUCAUCACCAGAGUGGUCAGCAGGUUGAUUUUCCAGCAGGACGCUUCCUCCCUCUGAGGUCUGGACAGAAGUGCUUUCCAUCAUGAAGACUCUUUUUUGGUCUGCCAUUCUGCUGCAGCUCUUUAAAACUUGUUGGAGCCAAUUUCCUCGCCCCUGUGCCAAUUCAGAGGGACUGCGAACCAAGGAGUGCUGUCCGGUGUGGAGUGGAGAUGGCUCGCCCUGUGGGGCGCUGUCCGGUCGCGGGUUCUGUGCAGACGUGUUGGUUUCAGACGAGCCCAACGGGCCGCAGUACCCACACAGCGGGAUCGAUGACAGGGAGCGCUGGCCUUUAGCUUUCUUCAACCGGACGUGUCGUUGUGCAGGAAACUAUGGAGGGUUUAACUGUGGGGAAUGCAAAUUUGGGUACUGGGGCUCCAACUGUGCUGAGUACAGAGAGUCAGUGCGCAGGAACAUCAUGACCAUGUCUACUACUGAGCAACAAAAGUUCAUUUCGUAUCUAAAUCUGGCCAAAAACACCAUCAACCCAGACUAUGUCAUCAGUACAGGUACAAGAGCAGAGAUGGGGGAGAACGGAGAGAGCCCCAUGUUCUCAGACAUCAACACCUACGACCUGUUUGUCUGGAUUCACUACUACGUCUCCAGGGACACCUUCUUGGGAGGCCCUGGGAAUGUUUGGAGAGAUAUCGAUUUUGCCCACGAGUCUGCUGCAUUUCUGCCCUGGCACCGAGUCUACCUGCUUCACUGGGAGCAUGAGAUACGCAAAAUCACCGGAGAUUUCAACUUCACCAUCCCGUACUGGGACUGGAGGGAUGCCCAGUCCUGUGAGGUGUGCACUGACAAUCUGAUGGGUGGACGUAACGCCCUUAAUCCAAACCUCAUCAGCCCUGCUUCUGUUUUCUCCUCAUGGAAGGUGAUCUGCACCCAGCCAGAAGAGUACAAUAACCAAGAGGCUUUGUGUAACGCUACUGCAGAAGGUCCACUGUUACGUAACCCUGGCAACCAUGAUCCAAACCGCGUGCCACGGAUCCCUUCGACCGCUGACGUAGAGUUCACCAUCAAUCUUCCAGAGUAUGAGACCGGACCCAUGGACCGGUUUGCCAACAACAGCUUUCGAAACGUCUUAGAGGGUUUCGCCAGCCCAGAAACAGGCAUGGCUGUGCAAGGCCAGAGCACCAUGCACAAUGCACUGCAUGUCUUCAUGAACGGCUCAAUGUCCUCAGUCCAGGGGUCAGCCAAUGACCCCAUCUUCCUCCUCCACCAUGCUUUCAUCGACAGCAUCUUUGAACGCUGGCUAAGGACCCAUCAGCCUCCUCGAUCCAUCUACCCACGUGCUAACGCACCCAUUGGCCACAAUGACGGCUACUACAUGGUGCCAUUCCUUCCUCUUUAUAGGAACGGAGACUACCUCCUGUCCAACAAGGUUCUUGGAUACGAGUACGCCUACCUGUUGGACCCAGGUCAGAGGUUUGUGCAGGAGUUCUUGACCCCCUACCUUGAGCAGGCCAUGCAGAUCUGGCAGUGGCUCCUGGGGGCCGGGAUCCUCGGUGCUUUCAUUGCCGCCCUGCUUGCUGCUGUGAUCGUUUUUGCCAGAAGGAAGUGGAGACGUAACCAGAAGAGAAAGAGGGCACCCAGCUUUGGAGAGAGACAGCCACUGUUGCAGAGCAGCUCAGAAGAGGGUUCAUCGUCCUACCAGACCACACUUUAACACAGAGAAAAACCCUGCGGCAUUGCUCCCUGUGUUCUAAUAAAAGGAAAAACAUUACAUACUGGAACCUUUAAAACAAUAAAGCAAUUUAUUACUGUAUGUUCUCACCGACCACAUCUAGACAAGACCUGGAUCGACAAAGACAGCUACGUUUUAAGUUAUUUAUCUCAGUACUUUAUCGGUCUAAUUACAUGUAGUUCAGUUGAUAUGUUGGCAAACACUUUAAAACCAUAUAAUAAAAAAUAAUAAUAAUUUUCAGGAAAUAUUGCAUCGGUGAAGCCUGUUCUGACAUUGAAUGCUUGUGUUGUUAGAGGUGGACCUCAAGUGCACUGAGCCCCCAAAACCCUCAAAGAUCCUUAAAUUCCCACUCCAAUCAUCUUUUGAUUUAUUGUUAAAGCAUUCCCAGUGUUCUUUUAAUUAUGAUUUUGCCCAAAUCAAAAACCUGUAUCAUUUGACAAAGUUUCUGCAGGGUUGCAGUAGUUCAUUAUUAAUUCACCUCUGGGUUGUGGGCAGGACUGUUGGCAAAACCAACUGCAAAAAAGGAUAAAGAUUAAUCAUGAAAAUGCAUGAUUUAAUAAAAAAAAAAAAUGAUGAAAAUUUCUGUGAUUUUCUUUAUCUUUUCUUCUGGACAAAUGUUGCUUCACUUGGUUGUGGUGCACAAUCCCUUCAAUUGCUUAAAUAGUAGUAUGGCAGCAUUGAACUUAAAGAACUGAAAAACUUGUUUGAUCUUUAAUACAUUUUUGGUUAAGGACCCUCUAUUACUGCUAUUAGAGAAAUCCUCAGAUAAAAGGUCACAAAUUGAAAAUACAGUUAUUUAUUUCCC